GCCUCGGUGUUUCUGCGUCCCCCGCGGCCCCGGAAGACGGCGCGUGCGCAGUGACCUCGGGAGCGCGGCGCUUCGGGCGGCAGCGUCUACUCUGAGAGAUUCAUAAAACCUGGAGAAGUGGAAUCUGGACUCCCAAGUUCCUUUUGCUCUGGGCAUGCUCACCAGCUGCCAGACGAGGGUGGUUUCCUGGUAAAUAGGAAGCUCCUGGCCCCAUGGCUGGAACAGAGACCCCCGAGGAAGAUGCCGAAGUACAAAUGGAGCUUGCAGCAGAGUCGGGAGAUGGGAAUGCCUGCGACAAUACCCAGUCAUCCCACCGAAUGCUCAGCUUCAGUGAUGCCCUGCUGUCCAUCAUCGCCACUGUUAUGAUCCUGCCUGUGGCCCACACGAAAAUCUACCCCGACCAGCGUUUUGACAAAAGUAUACAAAAACUUCUAGCAACUAAAAUUGCAGUUUACCUGAUGACAUUUUUAAUAGUAACUGUGGCUUGGGCAGCACACAUAAGACUAUUCCAGGUGAUUGGAAUGAUAGAUGAUACUUUGGCUUUGCUAAAUCUGGCUUGUAUGAUGAUUAUUACUUUUUUGCCAUACACGUUUUCCUUAAUGGCUUCCUUUCCUGAUGUGCCUCUGGGCAUUUUCCUGUUUUGCAUUUGUGUCAUUGCCAUUGGCCUCAGUCAGGCAGCAAUUGUGACCUAUGGGUUCCAUUACCCAUACUUACUGAAUCGCCAGAUCCAACAGUCAGACAACAAGGCCUUCUACAAGCAGCAUAUCUUAAAUAUUAUACUCAGAGGACCAGCUCUGUGCUUUUUUGCCGCCAUCUUCUCCUUUUUCUUUUUCCCUGUGUCUUACCUUCUCCUUGGUCUCGUCAUCUUCCUCCCCUACAUCAAUAAAUUCAUCAUGUGGUGCAGAGACAAACUUGUUGGUACCAAACCAGAAGAGCAACCUCAGAGCUUAGAGUUUUUUACUUUUAACAUCCAUGAACCCCUAAGUAAGGAGCGAGUUGAAGCCUUCAGUGAUGGUGUGUAUGCCAUUGUAGCGACCCUCCUCAUCCUGGACAUUUGUGAGGACAAUGUCCCUGAUGCCAAAGAAGUUAAGGAAAAAUUUCAUGGCAACCUUGUUGAAGCUCUGAGAGAAUACGGACCAAAUUUUCUGGCCUAUUUCGGCUCCUUUGUAACAAUUGGUCUCCUGUGGUUUGUCCACCACUCCCUCUUCCUCCAUGUCAGAAAGACCACCCAGUUCAUGGGCCUGCUGAACACAUUUUCCUUGGCCUUCAUUGGUGGGCUCCCACUUGCCUAUCAGCAGACCACAGAGUUUGCACAGCAGUCCCAUAGUGAAAUCGAGAGCAUCCGUGUCAGCUGCGUCAUCACCUUUUUUGCUGGCAUCUUCCAGUUUGCUAUCUGGAGCACAGCCUUACUGAACGAGCAGGAGACCCUGCACCCCUUUGCCAGGUAUGGGGGGAAGGAACAUGCCUUCAUGUUCGCCAAACUCGCCCUCUACCCCUGUGUCAGCCUGGUGGCCUUCUCUUCCACCUGCUUCCUGAGCGAAUUCAGUACGACCAUCUUCCACCUCAUGCAGAUCAUCGUUCCUUUUGCUUUCCUCCUCCUCCGUAUUUUUGUCCGGAUUGCACUGGCCAUCUUAAGGUCGGUGAUCACUCUGACCAGGCCCGAGGAGACCCUGUUACAAGAUGAGGAGACGAGACUAUGUGCAGCUGAAAUACUGUCAUAAGCCGGCCUCUGCUGGAGGCUGGCCACAUGGGGCUUCUGGGAGCUCUGGUAUCUUCAAAAACAAAGGAGGAACAGCAACAAUCUGCUCCAAAAUCAGUCGUUUGUUAUUAGUUCUUUCUUUGUGGUCUUGUUUCUGUGGAUUGUCACACUUUUGCUCUUUGAAAGACUCAGAGAUUGGCACUUGUGGGAAAGGUCAGUUUUCCUUAGUGACUGUUUAAGCUAGUGCUUCUCCCAGCAGGAUGAAAUGGAAUGGUGGGCCUACUAGUGGAGGAACCCCACCUGCGAGCAGCUGCAGGAGGUUACGUGGACCAGCCAUUUCUAGCUCUCCCUUCUCCUAGGUGAAGGACAUGAUGCAGCUUGAGAUCCACCUGAAUUCUCCUUCAUCUUUAAGCAGCAUGCUGAGUACCGACCCCAAGCUUCCCAGAGUAUGCAGAGGUACCCCGGGCCGUCUCCUGCUCUCUGACAGGGCGACAGUGUCCAGCUGCAUCACUCUUAGUGUGAAGUUUGCAGGACCUGUAACCUUGGUUCCAAGCUUUCCACAGAACUUAUGUUCAACAGAUGGGAAAGAGAUGUCCUUACGUGUAAUAGGUUCACAUUGUGUGCAGGCUGCCUUUUUUAUGUCAUAUGCAAUUGUGAAGUUGCUGAAAGGAAAGCCCUUAGCCAUGCUUUGAAAAUCCUUAGGUUUUGUAAGUCUCUGUAAAGAAGACAGUGUGUCAUUUCCUAUUACAGUUCACCAUCUUAAGCAUUGUCUUUGCUCUUUGUGUCACAUCAGACUUUGUU